AUGCACCAAGGGAUUGGAACAAAAGAAUUGACAGCUUCCUCAGCCAUAUUGGAUUGCAAAAGUGCAAGUGUCAGCAUGAUAAUGAAGGAGUUUGAGAUGACUGAUUUGGGUAAGCUAACAUAUUUCUUGGAAAUAGAAUUCCAAAGAAUUAAGGAGGAAAUAAUGAUAGGCUCACUAAGGUACUUAUGUUGCACAAGACCUGAUCUAGCAUAUUAUGGUAGCUUAAUUAGCAGGUUUAUGAAAAAACCAAAUUUGUCACACUUAAUGAUUGCGAAAAGAAUCUUGCAAUAUGUGAAGGGAACUCAAAGAUGGAUAAGUUUAUAUCUUGAUGAAAAAAGUGGAACAUGUGCAAAGAUGUAUGGCUAUUCAAACUCUGAUUGGUGCGGAGACAAAUAUGAUCGCAAAAACACUGCUGGGUAUUUCUUCUUGUUGGGAACAACACCAAUCUCUUGGUGCUCAAAGAAAGAAUCAGUGGCGCUCUAUCAUCUUGUGAGGCUGAGUACAUUGCUACUGCAAUGGGAGCUUGUCAAGCUGGUUGGCUUGAUACCUUGA